CGGUCUCUCUUCCACACUUCUUGAGUUCUCUUUCGUUCUUAUCCUUCUUUCUUCUUUCCUUACACAAAACUUUCUCUGUUAUGGAAGUUUUAUCAGUUCUUUUGAUUCUCAUUAAUCACCUACAUCUUUUUUCUCUCUAUAAAAGCCUUCUCUAUCCCUCAGCACGACCCCAUUAACCCUAAUAGCCUCUUUUCUCGAAAACAUAUUCUUUUCUUGAUUUUCUCGUUUCUUGUUCAAUAUAGUGUCAAAAUCUUGCAUGGAAUGUUUCAAUUUGAUCUCCGUUGAUGAUUUCAGUGUUUGCAAUCGUAUCCCUCGUGUCAUGAAGGUGCCUGGAAUAAUCUCAGAUAUAGAAGAAAGCAGCGACGGCGAAACGAUGUCAUCUCUCCCUAAUGAACGUCGUAUCAUCGUUGCAAACCAGCUUCCAAUACGAUCAUAUAAAGAUGAAGAAACGAAUAAGUGGUGUUUUGAGCUGGAUAAGGACAGUCUUUACUUGCAGUUAAAAGAUGGGUUCCCUUCUGAUACAGGAGUUAUCUAUAUAGGGACAUUAAAGGCUGAAAUUGAAAAUAAAGAUCAAGAAUCGGUUUCUCAAUUUUUAUUUGAGAAAUUUGGUUGUCUGCCUGUUUUCUUGAAUCCUGAUUUGCAAUAUAAGUUCUACCAUGGGUUUUGCAAGCACUAUUUAUGGCCUCUGUUUCAUUACAUGUUGCCUAUAUCAUCUAGUGAUGGUGCUCGGUAUGAUAGAUCACAAUGGCUAGCUUAUGUGUCUGCAAAUAAGUUAUUUGCAGACGCAAUUAUGCAAGUUUUAAACCCAGAUGAGGAUUCAGUAUGGGUGCAUGACUAUCAUCUUAUGGUGUUGCCUACUUUGUUGAGAAGGAGGUUUCAUAGAGUAAAAUUGGGGUUUUUCUUACAUAGUACUUUUCCAUCUUCAGAAAUUUUUAGGACCAUACCAGUGAGGGAAGAAAUUCUAAAAGGGUUCCUAAAUUGUGAUCUUGUUGGAUUUCAUACUUUUGAUUAUGCACGACAUUUCUUGUCUUGUUGUAGUAGAUUGUUGGGCCUUAAUUAUGAGUCUAAAAGAGGGUAUCUUGGGUUGGACUAUUUUGGCAGAACUGUUAGUAUUAAGAUUUUGCCUGCUGGGAUUCAUAUGGGGCAACUUGAAUCUAUUUUGAAUAUGGAGGAAACAGCUAAAUUGGCUAAAGAAUUGAAGGAGAAAUUUAAAGGGAGGAUUGUGAUGGUAAGUGCUGAUGAUUUAGAUAUAUUUAAAGGUAUUAGUUUAAAGUUUUUAGCAAUUUGGAGGUUAUUAGAAGAACACAAGUACUUAAGAGGGAAACUAGUACUUGUCCAAAUUGCUAAUCCUGCAAGGAGUCAAGGGAAAGAUAUUCAAGAAGUACAAAAUGAGGUGAAUUUUCUUGUUAAACAUAUAAAUUUGAUGUAUGGCGAGGUAGAUUAUGAGCCCAUUGUGUUUAUUAAUCGCCCGGUUAGUACUCAAGAGAAGGCAGCUUAUUAUGCAAUAUCAGAUUGUUGUGUGGUUAAUGCAGUUAGAGAUGGGAUGAAUUUGGUUUCUUAUAAGUAUACUGUUUGUAGACAGGGGAGCUCUGUUUUAGACAGGGCAUUAGGGAUUGAUGAGAAGUCUAAUCCAAGAAAGAGUGUUUUAAUAGUCUCUGAAUUCAUUGGUUGUUCACCUUCUCUUAGCGGAGCGAUUCGUGUAAAUCCUUGGAAUAUUGAUGAUGUUGCUCAAUCAAUACUUGGGGCUAUCAAAAUGAGUGAGGAGGAGAAGCAUUUGAGACAUGAAAAACAUUACAAGUAUAUUAGCUCUCAUGAUGUUGCUUAUUGGGCAAAAAGUUUCGAUCAAGAUCUUGAAAGAGCUUGUAGAGAACAUUAUUCGAAGAGGUAUUGGGGUGUUGGGUUAGGUUUAGGAUUUAGAAUUGUUGCUUUGGGACCAAACUUUAGGAAGCUUGCUGUGGAACCAAUUGUCAAUGCUUAUAAUAAAACAACUAGUCGUUUGAUCCUUUUAGACUAUGAUGGUACUAUGAUGGCACAGAGUUCUAUGGACAAAACUCCUAGUGGUGAAGUUAUUUCAGUCUUGAAUUUGUUGUGCAGAGAUCCCAAGAACGUUGUUUUUCUUGUAAGUGGAAGAGGAAAGGAUCCUUUAAGCAAAUGGUUCUCUCCAUGUGAGAAAUUGGGUAUUUCUGCUGAGCAUGGUUUUUUUACUAGGUGGUCAAAGGAUUCUCCAUGGGAGACUUGCUCGGUGGCUAUAGAUAAUGAGUGGAAAAAGAUUGUUGAACCAGUAAUGCAGCUUUAUACUGAGUCCACUGAUGGUUCUUUUAUAGAGCAGAAAGAAAGUGCAUUGGUGUGGCACCAUGGUGAAGCUGAUUCUCAUUUUGGCUCAAGCCAAGCUAAAGAGCUUCUUGAUCAUUUAGAGUCUGUUCUUGCUAACGAGCCUGUUGUUGUUAAAAGAGGGCAACACAUUGUUGAAGUGAAACCACAGGGUGUAAGUAAAGGUACAGUUGUGGAAAAGUUGAUCUCAAGCAUGAGAAGUAGGGGCAAGUCGCCGGAGUUUCUGUUGUGUAUUGGAGAUGAUCGAUCCGAUGAAGAUAUGUUUGAAAGCAUUGCAAGUCAUGUAGAGAAUCCAUCUUUGCCAGCUAUAGCAGAAGUGUUUGCUUGCACAGUUGGUCAAAAACCAAGUAUGGCAAAAUACUAUCUUGAUGAUACCUCAGAUGUUAUUAAACUGCUUCAAGGCCUUGCUGCUGCUGCCUCAGGACCUAAAAAUAAUACUGAGGAUGUUUAAUAAUAUUGGUUUAUAGUUUUUUGUUUCUCUUUUUUAAUAGUGAUGUGGAUAGACAUGUACAGAGCAAUAGAUAGUUUUUGUUUAAUUUCACAAUUACAGUUCUAAAUGGAACUCUAAUACCAAAUUAUCAACAGAUCCAUAUUUUUCCCAAAUUUUGGGAUGAAAUUUCUUAUGUCAGUACAGAUUUUAUAUUUUUUCUGCUUGAAUCAAAUAAACCAGUUAUAGAUUUCAA